GAAGAGGCGAGGCUGAUUGGUAGGCGCGUGGUGUUCCUGGAAACAUGGCGGAGCGCCCGAAGAAGCGUCCGCGUGGUCCGGGUGAGCACGGCAAAAGUGUUGAAUGGCGAAAAUGGAAGCAACAUAAGAAAGAGGAGGAAAAGAAGUGGAAAGACGACAAGAUAAUGAAAAAACUAGAGCGGCAGCGUGCCCAGGAGGAACAGGCUAAGCGCCAGGAGGAGGAAGAGGCGGCUGCCCAGAGGAGCAACCAAGGACGGCCUUACACUCUGAGUGUGGCCCUGCCAGGCUCCAUCCUGGACAACGCCCAGUCACCUGAGCUCCGCACCUACCUGGCUGGCCAGAUCGCCAGAGCCUGCACCAUCUUCUGUGUGGAUGAGAUUGUGGUGUUUGAUGAGGAGGGCCAAGAUACCAAGAGUGUGGAAGGAGAAUUUAGGGGAGUUGGCAAGAAGGGGCAGGCGUGUGUCCAGCUGGCCCGCAUCCUGCAGUACCUGGAGUGUCCACAGUACCUGAGAAAGGCAUUCUUCCCCAAGCACCAGGAUCUGCAGUUCGCAGGAAUCCUUAAUCCCUUAGAUAGCCCUCACCACAUGCGUCAGGAUGAAGAAUCUGAGUUCCGAGAAGGUGUUGUGGUGGACCGGCCCACCAAGGCAGGCCAUGGCUCUUUGGUCAACUGUGGAAUGAAGAAGGAGGUGAAGAUUGACAAGAAACUGGACCCUGGACUUCGGGUGACCGUGCGACUGAACCAGCAGCAGCUCCCAGAAUGCAAGACAUACAGAGGAAUGGUUGUAUCAUCACAGGAUCCCCGCACCAAAGCUGGGCUCUACUGGGGCUACACUGUCCGGCUGGCCUCCUGCCUCAGUGCUGUGUUUGCUGAGGCUCCCUUCCAGGAUGGGUAUGACCUGACCAUUGGGACAUCAGAACGUGGCUCCAACGUGGCCUCUGCCCAGCUGCCCAGCUUCAGGCAUGCUCUUGUGGUGUUUGGAGGCCUCCAAGGGCUAGAAGCUGGAGUGGAUGCUGACCCGAACCUUGAAGUGGCUGACCCCAGUGUCCUCUUCGACUUUUAUGUCAACACAUGCCCUAGCCAGGGUAGCCGUACCAUCCGCACUGAGGAGGCUAUACUCAUCUCGCUGGCUGCUUUGCAGCCUGGCCUCACCCAGGUGGGGUCACGGCCCACCUGACAACUUUCAGGAUCCAGGAUGUAGAGGAAGCAGCAAAACAUGGAGGACCUCAGGGAAUAGAGAUGGUUAAGACUUCUCUCCAAAAAUAACUGCCUUUAAUGUGAGCCAGCCCCAUCUCCCCAGGGUCUCGAGUGAGUCCUCCACCGUCACUUGCUGCCAGCAGUAAUGGCCUUGAGGUUUCCAGCUCGAGCCAGAAUAUUGGGCACGAAGAGCAAUCCCGAGGCCCGCUCGAUGCUCUCGAUGGGCACCAGGAACCGCUCCAAGGGGACAGUCUCGUCCACAGGGGCAUUGGGCAUCACAUAGGAACGCAGCUCGAUCUGCCCACUGGCUGCCUCCAGGAUCAGCACCUUGAAGAAGUGUGUGGGCACUGCUACGUGGUUCUUUCCAAUAACCUGGUACUUCACAUAGGACUUCCCAUCAGCCUCGGUCCUAUGGAUAGACCAGGGCACACAUGGACAAGAGGCCUGGUUAGAUACAAGGUCACCUCUUCCAGGAAGCCUUCCCUGACCUAACUUCCAACAAAAAGUUUGUGUUGUGCCUGGUGCCUCCUUGGGUCUGAGAACUAUGUAAGGUGAGGACUAACGCUUAACCCUCUACUUCUCUGCCCAGCACAGGUUCAGACAGAAUGGGUGGCAAUAAAUGCAGUUAGAGGGAUGA